CAAUGAACGUCGAACAUGAGAAAAUCCUUGAAAGCUGUGAGUAUGGCAGGUCGUGGAGAGAUGUUCCAGGAGUUUGAUGAGAAGAGAAGGGUGGAGGGGUUCUUCACCAAGCUCCACAAGUCUGUGUGCGAGGGGAUGGGAGAGGAAAACCUCGAUAAGUUGAACAAGGUUGCCGAGGACACCUCAGCCCUGCUCAAGUUCACUCAUGAUCUCAAGAUCUACCAAGAAGGACUCGAGAUCAAGGAAUUUUACCCUGAGAAGAAUCAGUAUGAAGCCAAGGCUAAGAAGGAUUAUGGAAACAAGGCUUAUCAGCAAGGAAAAGACCUGGAUGCUCUGUAUCUGUAUACACAGGCCGCCAUUGCUUCUCCAGUUGGUGCCGAUGGAAAGUCACGUGAUCUGGCAACCAUCUUGGCAAACAGAUCAGCUGUUCUAUUCAGCUUGAAGGCAUACCACAUGGCUUUAGAUGAUAUUCAGCUGGCCCUUGAGGUCGGAUACCCUGACGAACUGGCCUACAAGCUGUAUGACAGAAAAGGAAAGAUUCUCGUGGUUUUCAGACAAAUGGCUGACGCAGAAAUUGCUUACAAGGCUGCAAUCAAGUAUCUAGACAAGGCGACUAAAUUGUCUGCUGAGAAGAAGCAAGUAUUUGAGAAAGAAAUCCAGCAAGCUCUAUCCAUGCUCAGCAAAGCUCCAGCUUCCUUCAGAAAGAAUGACCCAAAUAUCCGGAUACACCCUGAGCCUGAGCUCCCUGAUCUUCCAGCCACUAAUCCUCUCUAUCCAGCUAUGAACGAUGCUGUUGUAUUCAAAUACGAGACGGGAAGAGGUAGAUUUGCAGUUGCUGGCCGUGAUAUAAUUGUCGGGGAAGUUAUUGCUGUAGAGAAGGCGAUUGUAUCCCACAUGCUUCCAGAGUAUAUGGGGAAAAAUUGUACAAACUGUUUUAAAAUUAUGAAAGCUCCUUUCCCCUGUUCAACCUGCACCAAGGUUAUGUUCUGUAGCUAUAAGUGUAGAAAAGAGGCAACCAAUUCAUAUCACAAAUAUGAAUGUAAAUUGAUAGAUCUGUUUCUAGCAAGUGGAAUGAGUAUUAUUUGCUUCCUAGCAUACAGAACGAUAACCCAGCGGCCGCUGAAAUGGUUUCUUGAAAACAAGAAACUGUUUGAGAAGCAUGACGAGACCAGUGGACAGACUAAGAAUCAAAGCGAGGUUUAUGAAUCCCAGGAUUACAGAAACUAUUUCAAUCUUGUUAAUCAUCAUUCAGAGAGGAAAACUGGAGAUGUAUUCCAUAGAGCUAUGUUCUCUAUUUUUCUACUCAGAUGUUUGAAGAGCCAGGGAUAUUUCCCGGAUUCUGAGGAGAAUGUGAUAUCAGACAACGAACUGUUUAUUGCUGGUUUACUGAACCAUUUUCUAGAGGUUUUACAGUUUAAUGCUCAUGAAGUUGCUCAGUUUGAAAUGCAGGGACCGCACAGUACAGUAGGUGCAAAGUCAGCGUUUAUUGGUGCUGCAGUCUACCCUACUCUUGCACUCUUCAAUCAUUCUUGUGAUCCUAGUAUCGUCAGAUACUAUGUAGAGGAUUAUGUCGUAGUUCAGGCAAUUAAGAACAUCUUCAAGGGCGAAGAGAUCUGUGAGAACUAUGGUCCAAUUUUCUUCCAUUCUCCGAAAGAUGACCGGCAGAUGAGGCUCUCUAAACAAUACUGGUUCACCUGCCAGUGUGUGGCCUGUAUGGAGAAUUGGCCUACUAUGCAUGAGAUGACAACUGAUGUUCUCAACUUUAGGUGUACUCAGUGUGGGGACAGUGUACCGUUCCACACCAGUUCAAAUAUGCCGCAGCUUAAAUGUGGUUGUGGUGCAAAUAUAAAUCUUUUCAAGGGAUUAAAGGAUUUGUCUGAUACAGAACUAAUUGCUGAAAGUGCAAGCACAGAACUAGAGGCCAACAGGUUGGAGAAAGCCCAGGCUCUUUACACAGAUUAUCUGAAGAAGCUUGAUGCGGUGCUGGCCCCACCAUACCCGGAUUACUACAAGAUCCAGCAGAAUAUCUGGAAAUGUAUCUGGAUGAGGUUUGGUAACAGAGUUAUCAUCUCAACCCAGAGGAAACCAAUAAUACCUGGAGAUGAUGAAUAUGAUACUCUAGAUUAAUUCAUUUCGCCAUUCAUCCUCGGGGGACUUUUAAAUUCGUUCUUCAAAAAUAUAUAAUUUUUAAAAAGCUUUUUAUGGAGGUUUUGUAAGAAUUUUCACAACAAACUUGAUUGAUAUUUCUCUUCCGUUCUUUAGAAAAUACAUUUUCUGGAGGUAUACAUAUAAAAAUAUCUUCAAAGGAAUAUUAAAAAUAAUAAUGUUUUGAGUUUUCCCCCUUGUUUAAAUUUGGUGAACACUCUAUUUAGAUAUUAAGAAUUUACCGAUCUAAACCAAGCUUAUUUCACAAAAUUCAAAGGUUUAAAUAUUUUAUCAAUGUUUUUAUGUUUUGAAAUCUAUCUACA